UGAAGUUUUGUUCCUUAUCUGCAGAGUCACGGCAGGCUGGAUGUGGGCUGGCUUUGUCUCAGAACCACAUUCUUUUGGACGGUUUCUAUCCCGGUUCAGUGUCUUGUGGAUGGUCCAAACGUAGGACUGCAGGCAUCCUCUGAAGAACUCUCCCUGGGUCGGAGGACCCUGUUUUUAUCUUUUUUUUUUCUGAGGUCGGACCGCACUCAUGGGGAACCACGGCUCAAACCUGGACGACAUCCUGGCCGAGGACAUGCACCACUGGUACAACAAGUUCAUGAAGGAGUCCCCGUCGGGACUCAUCACACUGUUUGAGCUGAAAGGAAUCCUGGACCUGAAGGGCAUCAACGAGGACGCCAACAGCUACGUGGAGCAGGUCUUCUUCACCUUCGACAUGGACGGGGACGGUUACAUCGACUUCGUGGAGUACAUCGCUGCCAUCAGCCUGAUGCUGAAAGGAGAAAUCAACCAGAAACUGAAGUGGUACUUCAAACUGUUUGACCAGGAUGGAAACGGGAAGAUCGACAAGGACGAGCUGGAAACCAUCUUCACGGCCAUCCAGGACAUUACACGAAACAGAGAGAUCGACCCUGAGAAGAUCGUGGCGCUCAUCUUUGAGAGGAUCGACAAGGGUGAAGGUGAGAUGACACUGGAGGAGUUCAUCGACGGAGCCAAAGAGCACCCGGACAUCAUGGAGACUCUCAAAAACAUGAUGGACCUGACGCCGGUUCUGGAGAUCAUCGUGAUGGGGCGGCAGCAAAGCCUCAAAGACUAACUGGACCCAACAAAUAACAAGACCCAAGUCCAGCUGGACUGCGAUUGGUUGUCCUUAAGCUCCGCCCUCCUCGUCCACAGAUUUUUAAAAAGAUGUUCAGAUAUAAAAGAACUAUUUCACAAAGUUUUUUCCCGAAUGCUUCUGAUCAAAUCAGCACUCAGGUAGAUUUGAAUGCGUUUAUUUUGUCCAGACUGAAAAACCUUCACAGAUGUAUUUGUAAAUAUAUUUUUUUCACAAAAAAAGGUAAUUUUAUAACCUCGUUGUUGAGGCAAACCUCUGCUUGAAGUCAUCUGCACAAAAAUGUUUGUUAAAAGAAACAGAAUGUUGUAUUUCUAUAUGCCGAAAAGUUCUCAGACGGGCUCGAAAGGUUUGCAGUUACAACAUUUACACGUUUCAGUUAACAUUCAUGUGCAAAAAGAAAAACAUUUAAAAGUAUCCAAAAUGUUCUUUCACACCUUAAUUGUCAGUCACUUUGUACUUUUUUAUAAGUCUGAGGGGAAAGAGAUUCUGUAGGAUUACAUGUAGCAGCACAAGUAUUUGUAGAAAAAGCUCGUUCAUGUUGCUCAGACACACGAAUCCAAGUGUGUAAUCUGAGUCUGAGGGGAAAAAAAACUAAAAAGUUUUUAGUUUUUAAAAGUUCUCUGAGAGAAAUUUAAACUUAACAGGCCAAUAGAAUCAGAGGUCUGGAGAAUAAUUAGUCAUAUAAUAAUUAGACUACAAUUUAAUGUCUACCAGAGCCUUUUCUUCCUUUAUCCAGAUUAUUUGGAUAUAAACAGAGUAGAAUGGAGACACCCCAACUUUAAACUAAAUAUAUAAAAAUCCUUUUGGAUCAAAAUGCACAGAGUGAUUAUCUGAGUUUUUUUUAUUAUCUUUUUAUUUAUUUUUUACAAAUAACACCUGAAAUUUUAAGUCUUAGCAAGUUUAUAAGUCAAACGUUCAGAAUUUUGCUUUUGCAAAUUUGUUAGUUCACGAACUUUUCUGAGAAUUUUCUUGGUAAAUUUUCAAGUGUACAAAGUUUUGUGUUAUAGAGUCAAAAUGUAAUUUUUUUUUUUUUUUUUGUAAAUGUAGAGGUAUAGUCAAAUUUUUAGUUUCAUAGCUUUUUAUCCUCUUAAGGCUGCACAUUUUUCCACUUCAAGUGCCCUGAAGUCCCAACUUCUGUUGUUUGUUUCUAAUUGUUAUGUAAAAGUCUGAAAUUUUCUUUUUUAAUCAAAACAUUUCUAUUUCAACUGAUUUUUUUUUUUUUUAGAAACUUGAAAGAUCAUCAGUUCAGUUUUUUUAAACUUGCAAAUCUGCAGGUUUAGAAAAUAAAUUGAAUUUUCUCUUCUCUCUUUUCACAGAUUUGUGAGUAUCUAGUUAGAAAUUUUCCCCAGAACUGGAUCAUCUUCCAGUUGUGGAUCUUUUUCUGUCUUUUUUCUUGUCUUCCAUGUUCAGCUCGUCUGUAAAGCUUCUGGUUGUAGCUCAGUUCAUUUUUAGAGCAACUUGAAGUCAGACCGAGUUUUCUCUUGCAAAAACUAAAAUGUGUGAGUUUGUCAGAACAUUUCUUCUCUGUGUUCGUCAUGGUAGGGCAGCUAGUGAGGUCUAUUUUGCUCCUGUUGAACUCUGUCAUUUAAAAUUCUGUUUAAAUGACAGAAAGUGGCUCCGAUAGCCUACAUGCAUCUAUGCACUAUGAUACGAUAUAACUAGACAUCAUCAUCAUAUCAACUUUAUAUGUUAACUUUGACCCUACAAGCUGUGGCUAGAAAGCUGCUCUGGAAGCUUACAAUGUUACUAAAGAAAGGAGGAAUUAAGAUCGUUUAUCUGCCGUUAAUCUGGUUAAUCAGUUAAUAUCUGAUACAGAUUACUGUGAUGUAACGGAAAAUCGCUAGAUCCUCACAUUCAGCCUGGAAGUGGUUUGUCACACAAAAAGUCUGAAACUUCAGUUGAAGAUCAUGUCAGAGAGCAGAUAACAAACUCCUGCUGAAAGAAUCAUUCUGAGCAUUGCAUGCUGGGAGUUUGCUGAUCCUCUUAAAACCUAUGAAGGUGCAAAUGUCUGAGCAGCUUCUGUCCUCAGAGUAGAGGAUGGGUCUUACUAUUAGUCAAAUACAACCUGGGGUGAACAACGAUUUUCACUCAGAACUUAAAUAUAUUUUCUUUUGGAUUCAGUUUAGUAGAAUAAAUGAAAAAAAAAAAAAGAAAAGUUGUUUAUGUGAGGUUGUAUUUGCAAAAUACUAAAACUUACUACAAUAAGAUGAUUAUCUUUUUAUACAAAAAACACUAAUUUUUAUUCAUGAAUGCAUUUAAAUUUGUAUUUAACCGGAGAUCUUUUUUAAGCCACUAAGACGAUGUUGUAUUUUAUGUGAGGAAACAGCCCAUAACUUGAGAAAUGAUUUUAACGUGUUGAUGUUCAGUUUUAUUGAGGCACUCAAAAAGUUUUUACGUUAAAAACAGAUUUUCAAAUCGGAAACCUUCUGAUAUUUGAUUUUAAUUUGAAAAAUUAAACUAAAAUAAUAAGUGAACACCAAAACAAUCAUUGCCGUGAGAUGAAUGCUUGAAUCUGUUUUACUGAAUGAAGCGAGGUGAAAGCAGAUGAUGGUUGAACACUGAUAACUGAUUAAAAACAGGCCUAGAUAAUCAAUUGAGGACAUUUUUCUUGUAGUCGUGCUCUGGCCUGGAGGUUAGCAUCCAUGCUAACAGUUCAUUUGGUGCAAAAGAAGUGAUUUUGCUGUGUUGCCUUAUCA